AGUGUUUGUUCGGAAAUAAUCGUGGAAAUUGUAUCCCGCCGGUGAAAAAUCUAGUGACUUGUGCUCGUGUGUUUCGUGCCGGUACUGAAACUGAAUUCUAACCUCGAAUCGUCGAUAAACAAAAUCGACCAGUUCUCUUCAUGCUUGAUAUCAUUCCGUCAUUGGGGAAAUGAGUACCUACGAGGAUUUCCUGAAGCUCCACCAGCAGCAGUUGGAUUUAUCGCAGGUUCCAGAGCUGUUUUGGCAGAAAAUCUGGGAGAAGCUGAUAAAUCAGGUGUUCGAUGCAGGUCUGUACUUUAGCAUUGCACAAAUUGACUACGAGGACACACCAAGGGGUCCCAAAGACCCAGUGUCCAAAUUAUUCAUGUCAGGGGAAAAAGGCAUGUCGUGCAAGGAUCCUAACAAUAUAUUUUUAAUCGAUCACGCCUGGACGUACGACGUCAGUACAGCCAGGAUUCACCUGAACAAAAUGCCAGGUCUGUUGGACCGAAUGUGCACGAUAAUGGGAAACGUGUUGCCCUCUGAAUCCAAAGAGGAUAGAGUAGAGUUCAUCCUUCGAGAGAUGUGGAGGUACAAUCAAUUUUUAACGGUAAAUUCGGAGAACAUCGAGGAAAGAUUACCCCUCUGGUACAUAAUGGACGAAGUAGGCUCAGCAAUUAAUCAUAGCGACUCUCCAAACUUCCGAGUAAUCCCCUUUCUGCACUUAACAGAAGGAAUAACUUAUUCGCUGUUAUUUCCUGUGAAUGACGUAGACGUAAACGAAGAAGUGACUAGAGACUUUAUUGAAAAUCAAACGAAUGAUUCAAAAUUGCGAAAAGCUCUCCUCAUACCGUGGAUUGAUGCAGAUUUCAGCAGGGAGGAUUUCCUCCAGACUGAGCCAGGGGAUGAUUAUUUCAUGAGUGGUAGACGCGAAGAAAGUUUGCCAGUAUCUCGAACCCCUGAAAAGGGAAUUUUCAAUAAUUACUCGAAUGAGAAGAAACUUAAAGUCUUUACCGAGUACAAGUAUGUAAGGGAUUACUUAACUGACUCUGCAUUUGAGAUAACUGAUAAUGAGGAAGAAGCCGAUGUACUAUGGUACAUGGAUCACUUCAAAGAUUACGAGACUCUCAGUAUAAAAUGCCCUCGAGUGUUUGUGAAUCAAUUUCCCUUUGAGAGCGUUUUAACAGUGAAGGACUUAUUAUCAAUAAUCUGCAGACGUAAAUGUGGUAGUGAGAAAUAUGAUUCUGAAAGUUUGAGGACAUAUCCAAAGUGGUUACCAACUACGUACAAUCUCAGUGGUGAACUUAUUAAGUUUGUAUCAUACUUUCAAAAUCGUGAGAUUAAGGAACUCGAUAAUCACUGGAUAUGCAAGCCCUGGAACUUGGCAAGGGGCUUAGACAUUCAUCCAACUAAUAAUUUGAAUCAUAUACUUCGGCUACCGAGCACCGGCCCCAAAGUUGUUCAGAAGUAUGUAUCAUCUCCGGUACUUUAUGAUAGGCCAGACGUUGGUAAAGUUAAGUUUGACGUAAGGUACGUGGUACUGCUCAGCUCGGUAAAACCACUUCAAGCUUAUGCUUAUUCCAACUUCUUCCUGCGUUUCGCUAAUCGUCCAUUUGCCCUGAAUUAUUUCGACGUUUACGAGCAACAUUUUACUGUUAUGAACUAUUCGGAUGUUGCGCCACUUCAUCACGUUAAGUGCAAGGAUUUUGUCAAUGAGUGGAGUAAAAUGUAUCCGGACUACGAUUGGAAUAGAAUUGUCGAGCCGAGAAUAUUGAAAAUGCUGGGUGAUGUGUUCGAGGGUGCCUGUGCUGAGGAACCGCCCAGGGGAAUAGCCCACAAUCCUCAGAGCAGAGCUGUUUAUGCUGUCGAUCUCAUGCUGCAGUGGGAUGAAAGCGAUAUACAACCGGUUUUACUGGAGAUUAAUUUCUGUCCGGAUAACAAGAGGGCUUGCGAAUAUUAUCCUGAAUUCUACAAUGAUAUUUUCAAGUGCCUGUUCUUAGGAAAUGAAAAUCCCAGUGUCUUUCACAAUUUGUCGACUCUUCAAUUCAGUGAUAAACAUUCAGAUGGAUGAUCAUUUAAUUUGACAAGGUGUGAAGAAAAUUCUCGUGAAGUAUGAAAUGGCUUAUGGUUUAUUGCUGAGUAAAAAAAAUCAUUUUGAAAUUGAAUAUUAAAUAGUUUAUUAUUACGAAAGUGAUAGUAAUUCAUUUUAGGAUCUAGUCACAUGAUAAAAUGAGGAAUAACUGAAAUGGAAAAAUUGAUGGUUCAUCACUCCUUGAGAUAGUCUCGAGCGGAGGGGUUUAAAGAUAGAUGUUAAAUACUAUUUACCCUGUUCUGUGAGCACUGGCAUAACUUCAUCAUCGUGUACAAAUGAUUUCAUAUCUUGUCGUUUAUCUUAAUUGUUUUUUGCUCAUUGCUUCCAUUCUAUCCACAGUUGUAGUACUCUAUUGCUCUUGAAUUUUACACAGAAUUGAAUAUUCAUAUAACGCAAUCCCCACAUUUUCUAUUUCAUGAUUGUUUCAUUCUAUAAUUUAUUCCUAUUAAGGUACUCUAGUGAUUACUGUCUAACUUUAUGAUUGGAUUGGGAGUAAAAAUAAGGGGAUAAUUGAAGUACCGGAAACAAUAUUGAUAACAAAAACAAUCAGCCUCUUCUCUCACUCGUUAUUUCUCUCAAUGAUACUAAAUAUAUUAUUCUCUACUCGGAUA